UGACAGGAUUUUUCAUCCUUGGCCAGUCUUAACACCUUCAAUAAAGAUAGAACUCAGAUCCUCCUCCACACGUACCAAGUCUGCCUCUGUGUCCUGCCACACUGUAUGUCCAGGGGGACUCUGGUAGGAGCUCUCAGCGCUCCAUCCCACCUCCAGGCUCUCAGUGUCGUUCAGCUGCAGUUAGAGCAUCUUCCCCUCUUUUUUUUGAGGGGGCCGUGGGGGGAGAAGGCAUGGAAGCGUGACAGUCAUCAUGACUUACUUUACUGAAACGAUAUAUACAUGAAUAAUAGAAAGCCAAUGGAGUUCGCUGAUUUCCUUUUGUCCUCUCUACUACUUCGCGUUACAGCCCUACAGCUUUGUCUUGACAUCAGGCUCUGAGCUGGUAGUACUGAGUUUGGAAAGCUUUCGUGCACUUCAUUUCAUCUUUGAAUUACACUUUUUUUUUUUUCUCCUCAUUUUAAGGCUUUCUUCUGCUUUGGAGGAAACAUGUUCUGACAUGCUGGAGUUUGCUGGUGGUAAAUAUUUCCUUUGACUACAAAGUGCGUGUGUGAAAAAUACUUUUUUUUUUUUUUUUUUUUUUCCCGUGGAAAUGCGUUGUUUGUUCUUUUCUCUGCUGUUAUUAAUAACCUGUAAACGAGAUGAAUCCGAGGGUCUGAGUGAAAUAGCACUUUCAGAUAUGUACUUGUAGCCACGUCAAGCUGAGGAAAGUGCAGCAGCUCCGUAUACGCUCAUGUGAGAGGUUUCCAUACGCCGCAUGUGACAGUUUCCACAUCCGAGUCGGUGACAAAGUAGGGACGGCAGGUGAGUCCCCAUGAGAUCUGCUUUGCCGAGAAGAUUUUUUCCAGUCCCUAACCACAGAGGAGCAGUAUUCAGCUCUCCAACUGCUCCCCAGAGUUGGCGGUUCUGAUCUGUUUCAAUUGAAAAUCAUCGAGAAUCGAAAACGACACGUAAUAAAACGUCCCCAGCCCCGCGGCCGCCUGUGCUGCGGCUGCUCGCGAGUACGCACACCCCCGUGCGCUGAGGUCCCGGUGCCCGUGCGACAGAAGGCGCUGCAAAGGGUUAAGCCGCCAGCUUGCUUGCUAGGCAAAGUUUGAGGAAGAAUAUGUCUGAGGCUGGGCACGCCGCAGCCCCGCGCUUGAAAUCUGUCACCCUCACUUAGGAGCUCAGCAUCUCUGGUUGUCACCGGUGAAUAAUGAUCACACGGCGAUAAGAUCGCUCGGUGGCGUUGCGCCGGAGCCGCCGGGGGACAAAGAAAGGAAACUACGAGGCAUUUAACCGCUGCAGCGGGGUGUUCCCCGGAGUCAUCGGUGGGUGUCAGGGUCAAGUGACCGCCUGGACAGCUGCUUGGAAAGUAAAUUUCCUUCCUCCUUUCCUUGAGAGAAACCUUGGGUGCUGGUGAUCAUUGGCAGCUAUGGAAAGCAGAGACCUUGGUGGUGAUCCUUAAAACAAUACCAUGCCGGAGCCCAGCUGUUCUGCCACUUUCUCCCCUUUCAACCUGCCGAACCCGGUGGGCUUUGGGUGAUCGACCGAGGAGGAGCCACCUCCGCGGGAGCAGGAAGACCAGAUCCAGCAGAUAGCAGAUAUGAGAACUUUGCUGACUUCAGAAAGCUGAGUGUAACACCGACAGACUUCAGUCAAAGGAAAUAUUAUCCUUCCAAGCAACUCAUACUUAGACAACUUCUGGUAGCUUUAAAUUAACUGGUUGUUCACCUGGAAAGAUACUGCUAUUGUUUCUUUCAGCACACAUGGAGGAAGGUUACAGCAAACUUUGUAAUCCUGGCUAAUAAGACUGUGGCUUUCUUAUUAAGAGUAGGAGGUGGGCCAACUGUAAAAGGAUUAUUUUUUACUUAGCCUGCAGGACUUUAUCUCCGCCUGAACACUGGACAUAAACCGGAGUCAAUUUUAAUGACCUGAGAUUUUGCUACCUGUGCUUUAUUAUUGUUAUCAGUUCUUUAACGCUUUGGUACUUUAUUUCUUUAAAUUAGAAAUGGGUUUCUGGACUAAAAUGUGGCCCACAGACUGGGCUGUUCUCAUAAAAUCAUGGCUUAUCUUUUCCCUGGGGCUGUACAUGCAGGUCUCUAAAACUGUGGCUUGUCCAAAAGUGUGCCGCUGUGACCGAAACUUUGUCUACUGUAAUGAGCGAAGCUUGACCUCAGUGCCUCUUGGGAUACCAGAGGGUGUAACCGUCCUCUACCUCCACAAUAACCAAAUUAAUAAUGCUGGAUUUCCUGCAGAGUUGCACAAUGUUCAGUCUGUGCACACAGUCUACCUGUAUGGCAACCAGUUGGAUGAAUUCCCCAUGAACUUGCCCAAGAAUGUCAGGGUUCUCCACCUGCAGGAAAACAACAUUCAGACCAUUUCUCGGGCUGCCCUUGCUCAGCUUUUGAAGCUGGAAGAACUGCACCUGGAUGACAACUCCAUCUCCACUGUUGGGGUUGAGGAUGGGGCAUUCCGGGAAGCCAUCAGCCUCAAGCUUCUGUUCUUGUCCAAGAAUCACUUAAGCAGCGUACCAGUAGGCCUUCCAGUGGACUUACAAGAACUUCGAGUAGAUGAAAACCGCAUUGCUGUCAUUUCAGACCUGGCCUUCCAGAAUCUUACAAGUUUGGAGCGUCUGAUUGUGGAUGGCAAUCUCCUUACUAAUAAAGGCAUAGCUGAAGGCACCUUCAGCCACCUCUCCAAGCUCAAGGAAUUCUCAAUAGUGCGGAAUUCACUGACCUACCCUCCUCCUGAUCUUCCAGGUACACAUCUACUAAGGCUCUACUUGCAGGACAACCAGAUAACCCAUAUACCACUUACAGCCUUUUCAAAACUUCAUAAACUGGAACGUCUUGAUAUUUCCAACAAUCAGCUUCGGAUGUUGGUAAAGGGGGUAUUUGAUAACCUCCACAACCUGAGACAACUCACUGUAAGGAAUAAUCCCUGGUUGUGUGACUGCAGUAUAAAGUGGGUCACUGAAUGGCUCAAAUUUAUUCCUUCUUCCAUCAAUGUACGGGGUUUUAUGUGCCAGCGACCAGAACAGGUCCGAGGUAUGGCGGUCAGGGAACUCAAUAUGAAUAUGUUGUCAUGCCCCACCACCACUCCUGGUCUGCCACUUAUCAUCACCCCAGUCCCAGCUACAGCCAAGCCAACUGCAUUAGUUUCCCCCUCAUCCGUUCCUUCCCCAAGUAGCAGGUAUAAUCCUCUGACUCCCACCAUAGUCACACUCCCCACUGUGCCUGACAGGGAGGACAGAGAAAGGGUGACACCUCCUAUAUCUGAACGGAUUCAACUCUCUAUCCAUUUUGUGAAUGACACUUGCAUCCAGGUUAACUGGAUAUCUCUUUUUACCGUGAUGGCAUAUAAACUCACAUGGGUUAAAAUGGGCCAUAGUCUGGUAGGAGGAAUUGUUCAGGAGCGUAUAGUUAGUGGUGAGAAGCAACACUUGAGUCUGGUAAAUCUGGAGCCCAAAUCCACCUAUCGGAUUUGCUUGGUUCCACUGGAUGCUUAUAAUAAUUACCGAACAGGAGAAGACACUGUCUGUUCAGAAGCCACAACCAAGGCUUCCUUUUUGAACAAUGGCAGCAACAUCCCCUCCAGCCAUGAGCAGACAACUUCUCAGAACCUGGGCUCUCCAUUUCUGCUGGCAGGGUUGAUUGGGGGUGCAGUGAUAUUUGUCCUCGUGGUCCUGCUCAGCAUUUUUUGCUGGCACAUGCACAAAAAGGGGCGUUACACCUCCCAGAAGUGGAAAUAUAACCGGGGCCGUCGGAAAGAUGACUACUGUGAGGCAGGGACCAAGAAGGACAACUCCAUCCUGGAGAUGACGGAAACCAGCUUCCAGAUUGUCUCCUUAAAUAAUGAUCAGCUCCUUAAAGGAGAUUUCAGACUGCAGCCCAUAUAUACCCCAAAUGGGGGCAUUAACUACACAGACUGCCACAUCCCCAACAACAUGCGAUACUGCAACAGCAAUGUCUCAGACCUGGAGCACUGUCAUACGUGAUAGUGUGGGUAGAUGGGGGUGUCUAGGACAAAGAGAAAAAACUCUGAAAAAGUAACAUCCCCCCAACAACAAUGAAAAAAUUACAUUUGAUAAAUGUUACGCAGAUGCAUUUAUGCAUUUGAAUACUCUGUAAUUUAUACGGUGUACUAUAUAAUAGGAUUUAAAAAAGUGCUAUCUUUUCUAUUUCAAGUUAAUUGCAAAUGGUUUUGUAACUCUUUGCUUUUUAAAUCUUUAAAAAAUAUUGCUAAGUACUGUACAGGGUUGUACAAUAAGAACCCAAUGUCACGGCAAAGGAAAGAUUGACUCAUUCUUCAAACAUUAACCACUUUGCUGUCGAAGCUGUCUGAAGGAUAUUAAGUUCCUAGGUGUCCUGUAGUACAGGAAAAUAAGUGCAUAUUAAAACAGGGUCACUAGGAACGGCCAAAAGCAAUUCAGAUAAAAUGGGUACAACCCUUUUGACUCAAAUCCAGCAGUUACUGUUCAACUUCAAACAAUUUAAAGUACUUCUUUUCCCUUUUGUCAAUUCUGUAUUUCCUACCUCCAACUGAAAGCUGGAGUUCUGACUGCUACCAAAAAAGGCUACUUCUUGUAUGAUUGUUUUUCCCCAAUAUGCUUGGAAUAGGAAAGGUAGACAGAACUCGGUGUCAAACUCAAAGUGACCUUGAAUCCUAUUUGCAAAAGCUAUUCUGAAAAUGUCCCCCAGUAUCAUAUACUUUUAUGUUAGAAACUGUUCCUGGUUUUCAUUAUGAUUAAGAGGCUUUAGGCAUUCUUUGACCCGUCUCAGUGGGAGAUGAAGGUUAUCAGUAUGUAACAGAUAGCUGUCAUUAGGUUGCACCUCUCUUUAAUAAAGCAGCAUUUGUUGACACAGAAUGUUCAGGUGAAACCUGAAAGAGAGAAAUUCUAAGCACUCCCAACUCUGCAGUAUUCAUGUAGAAUUUGCAGUCUAGAAGUGCAAAUUUUGAAAACACGUUGCAAAAUAUAAUGCCAAUGGAAAGGUUGCCAUUGACUUUUAUGUUUCAAGCUCUGUUUGAUUUAGAGGUCUGAGUUAUGCUCAGCAUGAAGUAAGAAAAACAGACAAACAAAGAUAAAUGAGAAAUAUAUAUAUAUUUUUAAUUUUUAAUCUUAAUUUAUUACAAUUUAUUACUGGAAAGGCCAGCAGGCCUAUUGUGAACUGAACUACAUUCAGCAGGGAAAAUCAUGUAUAAAUUAGUGUUUUUUUUGUUUUUUUUUUUUUUUUUCUUUCUGUUCAAGUGAGCAGAGAUGAACACUAACUAAGGACUUUUUAGAACAUAAAUAUACUCUGUCACUCCAAAUUACCCUUCUUUUAUGUUAAGCUUUUUGGAAGUUUUCCACAAUGAUAUGGGCUUUAAAAUCAGUAGGUGGGCUUAGAAUUUUAUUCCCUCAAAUUCUAUAGCUGGAAUUGCUUCUAAGUGAUGUACUAUGUGAAACACCAUGGUUGUAUUAAAACCAUGAUGCUGAUCUCAAAAUUAUACAAUCUUCAAGAAACUUCAUUAAAUCUGUGACUGCAAAGAACUCUGACUUUCUUGCCAGCUCAGUGAUGGAAUUAAAAUAUUUUAUUUUUUUUGUUUCCCCACCAUUUUUUUUUUUAGCUUACUUUCUCCUGAACUUAGGGGCAGGGAAAAGUUCACAAAAAAAAAAAAAAAAAAGAGGAAAAAAUAAAGUUGAUUUUUUUUUUUUUUAAGGGAGUAGGGAACCAAAGAGAAAACUUUAUACAGUGACCAACUAGAGAUAAGUUGUUAGAGGUGGAUUGACAGUAAAAGCUGGAGCACUUUCACAUUGCAAUGCUUAGACUUUUUACUUUAUGAGACUGCUUAUGUUGGGAGAGAGGGUUUUAAUCCUUUCCUUUGCUCAUUUCCUUAACUCAUUCUUGAAAUCCAGCAGUCUGUGAGUGUGCGGUUUCUCAAAUUCAAAUUGUGUAACACUCAUUUUCUGCAAAAACACAAUAAAUCUAGUUAUGGUCAAUGGCAAAGUACAGUCACUAUACAAAGAACUGCAUCCUCCCCCCAGCACCUUUUAGAAUCACAAUUUGAAUUUCCAGUCUAUAUUCUGUAUAUUUGCUAUUUUCUUCAGCUAUAACAGGUAUUUUAGGCAACCUGGGUGGCUACUGUUAUAGUAAAGUCACUGAAAUUUUGCUGAAUAAAAAGCUGCCAUAUGAUUUCCAAUGGUGUAAUUCUAGGUAGAGAUGUCUAUGCAAAGUCUUUUAUCUGUGACCUAUUUGCUCUAGAUUAUGAUGGGAAGGUUGAUACUUUAUUUUGUUCAUUCAGUGUGUUUUAGCUGCCAAAGCCCAGAAGACAAGCAGCAGAUAGUUGUGCUUCUGCAUGCUUCCAUUGCAUGCUGGAUCCAUAAAAGCUUUUGUGAGAUUAAGUAAAGACAGAGAGUCCUGUUGGGUGUGGAUGUAGCAUUUAAUUUCACUGAAAUAACUAGCUAUAUGUUUGAUUUCAAAGGCAUCCUUUGAAUGUAUGUACAUACUAACAUUUCAUAUUUCAGUGACUGAUGCUGGAGGAAUCUUUACACUCCUUUGAACAUCUGUUCUAGGCCUCAGGAUACCAUGGAGUUAGGCGCCUUAUUUGUAGCAAAACUCUUAUUCAGGGAGUUCAGCUGUACUCUAAGUGAAAGAUCCACAAGCCCAAACUGAAGACAACAAAUGUGGUUAUUAUUCUAAUAGGGUAAAAACAGAAGACAUUCACAAACUCUUUGGGUUAAUCUCAGAUGACAAAAUGUAUGUGUGUAUACAUAUAUAUAUAUAUAUAUAUAUAUAUAUGUUUGGAGUAUCACUGACUUACCUAGAUAAAAAAAUCAAAAUGAUAUUAAAGACAGCAUAGUUUAUGCUUCUUUUUGGUAUGAAGACAAAGAUAUAUUUUUAUGUGAUAUUGACAAAAUUUCUUUUCAAUAAGUACACUUCUGAAAAAAAAAAAAAAAAAAAAAAAAAAAGUAAAAGGCCACUUAUACCAAAAUUCCUGGAUAGAGCUGGGAGUAUUAUUUAAACAAAUUCACAGCUGUAGUCAAUGAAAAGGUCAUAUGUUGCAUUUGAAGAAUGUUUCUUCCAAUUCUAAUUGCUACCCAGCUGCAGAAGAUUUCAUUUAUUUCAACCUACAGCAGAGUUUGGGAUGUUUCGAAGUGUCAGUCAUACAGACAACUGUGGCUUGGUUUCAAAACACAUCUAGACAAAUACAUAAUGAGCAGUUUUCACCAGAUAACUUUUUUUUUUGGGGGGGGGGAGGGGGAAGAAGUUAAAAAUGGACAAUGAUCUUUUGGUGAUAUAAAUUUUAAUAAUCGGUAGCUUUUUCCUUGUGCUUAUGAACAUCUUCACUUAGUACCAAUGUCUGACCACAAAUAACUAAAGAGAACUAUAGAGCAGUAGUCCUCAGUGAAUGCAUAUACAACUCAUUAGAAACCCCAAAACUCUAGGUCCUGAUUUGCAAGGGUUCAUUGAACCUGGGUGCAAAUGAAUGGUUUACAUGCAACAUCUCAUCCAUCAUCCAAUGUAUGCUGCUAAUAGCUGACAUAAAUGCUAAUAGCUGAUAAGAUUGGUGAGUGGAAAAAAAUGAGAGUAUAAGAGAAAUUGUGUUAAACUGGUAUCAAAACACUGCUUUGUCCAGUGCUAUGGUUCCUUCUGAAGACUUACUUAUUUACAACCUGGACCUUGUUUUCACAGAUUCUGUCACGUCCUUGCAUGUAGCUUGUUAGCAGAAACAAACACCUAAUGGAUGCAUGGACUUUUGUUUUUUACUGGAGACACUGUUAUUGAAUUUAUUCAUACGAAUAUUUAGGCAUAGAGUUACUUUUGAUUGAAAAUAUAUUAGCAUUUUUUUUCUGUAAGCCAAUAAAGAAAUACAAUGGAUGCGAUGAUAAAAGAAAAGUGCAAUAGCUUAUGCUAUUUGCUACUAGAAUAGAUCAACUAUAUUUCUCUCUCAAUCAUUUUCUCUUUUAGUGAAAAAAAAAAAUUCUCCCUCUAAGAAAAGUAUUGAUUUAAUUUUGCAAGCAAAAGUACUUAUGCAUAUUGUAUUGUUACAAUUUUAAGGGUCUACAUAAGGCACUUUAUUGAUGACAUUGAAAUGAAAGUUCAGGCUCAGCUUUUGACAGUGAAGUGGUUAACUCCCAUUAAAUUCUCCAUUUAUAGUACUUUUUCAACUUAAAUUAUACCAUGGAAAUAUUAAAGCUUUUUAAUUUUUUUUCUUUCUUUUUCCUUUAAAGCAUGAGAAUAAUGGUUUUAGUCAUAAUUUAUCUUUCUAGCUCAGUGGAAAAACAAACAACAACAAAAGAAUGUGCCAAAACCAAAUGUUACUGGCUCUAAGCCUCAUCAAAUACUGCCUGAUGAUCUCUUCUAAAUACAAAGAUAAUCCAAUGAAGGUGAUGAACACUCCUUCCCUGAACUCUGCUGAACAAGGCAGUUUGUAUCCUACAUGAUACUACAGGCAUUAUUGAAGCAUUUGGCAUUAAAUUUUGUACAGCAUAGAAUGUAUUGAUUUUUAAAAGGACACUGGCUAGUGGUCCAUCUGGAAAACUAGUCCAAAAGGGAUCUGGCUGGGGCUCUGUGGAAGUGUGCCUCAUGAGAGCUGAGUUCUGAUCCUCUCAGAAACAUAAGCUACUAAAUUUGUUGUGUCACUUGGUCCCAAAUACCUGAAGAUCUUUCAUAAAACUGAUUUUAACUGAAACAUGCACACUUGAUUCUGUUUUGUGUUUGGUAUAUUUUCUAUCUUUAACAUGGAAAAAUAGAUUAUUUGAAGUCUGCAUUAUCUGUUUUCCGCAAUCUGCCAUGUUGCACGCAUUGUUAACUUCGAAAUCUCACUAUACACUAUAUAUUAUCUUGUUGACAUAUCCAGUAAAGAGUUAUUUAAAAAAUACAACAAUCCUACUGUAUUUAUAUGAACAAGUUAAUUAAAACAAGGAUGUGAACAUCUGAGAAGGAAAACAGAAAAAGAAAAAUAUCAACUUCUGUACUUUCAGUCCUGGAAAUAUUUUCAAAUGUUUUACUGUAUGUCCACCUUCUCUUCAGAUUUGAAAGGACAAAUAUUUUCAUCUUAUAUCUGUCAAAGAGUUAAACCAUUUGUUAAUUCAAUUGCUCAAACUUAAUCUUAUGUUUAUAAGGUAUUUAUUUUGAUAUGCAUAUAGGAAAGCACUGUAAAACAAGAACAGAUUGUAAUCCAGUGUUUGAAGUUAGUAGAUACACUUAAGCAACUACACACAUCUAUAACAAAUAUAUAUAUGGAAGCUGGGAAGCUGUGACCCAUUAUAUGCAUAGUCAUUCAAAAAAUGCAUUUGACAUUCAUCCUUGACAAUCUUAAACUGUCAUUUUACCCAUUUAAACUUUCCUUGAAAUGAAAUGUGAUUUUUUUUUUUCCCAAUUCUCCCUUCAAAAUUGUUCUUGACUUUUCAGAAUGCACAACAUUAAGACAUAAGCCUUAAUAAAUUUUUGUAUAUCUUAUACCUAACAUAUAUGGUAAUAUAUACAGUAUGUAUGAAAAGAUGCAUAGGUACUUGGGAAUGAAAAUUCUCCUUAAUCUAGUUACAUAUACAGGAACUAUUUUUUGGCAUUGACAGAACCUGAAAUACUGAAUGUUACAAACAGUCAUUUUAAAGUUUAGAACUGUAAUACUGCUGAGUGUCAAAAUUCCUCUGUAAAUUGUCUCAUUCUCUGUCUUAACCCUGAAUGCCAUGGAAAACUACAAUAUCUGCUGUGCAAUACAUCCACAUCUACACUACUCUCUCCUCCCCUUACUAUGCUUCCCUGAAUUUGGAGACAUCUUAGACCCUGGUACCUAAGUUAACUUCUUGUUUUACCAUGGGAAGGUGGAGAAUAGAUGUAAUAGAAAUAUAAACACUGUUGACUAUUUUGGUAUUCUGGCAAAAAAUAAUUGCAUCAUCAUUUUCAAGCGAUGGUUUUGUUUUCUUUGUCUCAAAAAAACCUGACAAACACAGACACAGAUAAUCUAAUAAUAUCCCUCAGUGAUUUAUCUUAGUAGAGACCAAUAUUUACAUUUAUUUAGUUGUAAUAUUAGUUUUCUGUAGCUGUACACAUACAUGUGUGUGUAUAUAAGUUCCUGGGGCUUUUCUACAGAGGAACUCUCAAAUCAACCAUAUGGAAGAGUAUAUUUCAACAGUUUUCAGUCAACGUUUUUCACUAUCUCAUUUUGAAUAGCAUGCUUCUAUAUAAGAAAAGUUAUGGUGCCAUAAGGAGAGACUACAUUCAGUCAUUAAAGUAUGAAACAAAUAUUUUAAUUCUGUUUGAAGUACCAAUGUCAAAAAGGCUCAAAAAGAACCACUAAAAAUUCUAUUACACAGGUAGAUGAUAUUUUAACUGUAAUUUACGUUCUUAAAACAAAUUAGUACAGUGUUAUGUACUCCUUGCCCCACUAAUUUCAACUAUAAAUCGUAAUAUUUAUAGGUAUAUGUCAGAAGGAUUAUUGAAAAAAUCCAGUAUGCUAUAUUGUGUAAUGUCACAUUAUUUCACACAGUAUCCUCAUGCGAAAUACAUUUUCCAAGCAAGACAGAAGGCCUAUGCAUUGCAUUAUAAGCUUGCUAUCUCUUUUGAAAAGGUAGGGGUGGAGUGAAAUACAAAUACUUCAUAGAAAAUGAGACAAGAGAGAAAUAUAUAUAGCACAACAUUGUCCAGUCCAAAGCCACACAAAAUGUAGAAUUUAAAAUCCCCAAAUAGGCCACUGAACAUAGCAAGAAUGUUCUUUUACGUACAGACACAUUUUCUGUUUAAAACUCCAUAUGCUAGCUAACGUGUGACUAUAAAAAUGCAUGUGUGAGUUUAUAUUAGUUACACUUUUGUGGGGGCAUCUCAUAUAGAAUAAGUACAAUCUUGUCUCUCUGAAAUUGCUCCAUUACUUACCUUAUUCAUACAUAGAAGUGAUGAAGUCAAAAGUCAUGCUCAUUACACUAUCCUGUUUUUCCAAGCAUAGAAUUCCUUGAAGAAUGAAGACAUAUAAAAUAUUAUGGAAAAUCCAACUCAUAUGAACUGGUGUGCUUACAACUUGGAUAUACUCUGUGCAAAAACAAGACGUCUCUGAAUAAUAAUCAAUGUGUUAAGGUGAACGUCUAGUCUUGAAAAGCACAAUUGCCAGAAACAUUUCAUUAAAAUGCUGUAUUUCUCAAGUGAAAUCAAUAUUUCAACUUCUAGAAACUUUGAACUGGUGAUCUCACAGAUAAAUAAAAUUCUUUGUGACUGGAAAAAAUGUACCUAAAGAAUGGAAUAACCUAAUUUUUAUACUUUGAAACAGACUACCGAUGAAGGAAAAGGAAAUUUUGUCCAGUGAAGAUGAAAUAUAGUAGUAAUGAUGAACAGAAUGCAGAGAUACUCCUCUUUAUUUUUAUAGUUAUAAGUUUGUAACAUAACUUUAUUUUUCCUUUUUUUUAUUAUUAUUAUUUUUUUUUAAUUUCCUUUGCAAUUUUUAGAUCACUUAGGCCCACUUCUAAAACAUAUACAAUAUUCCAAAACAAAGAAAUUCUCAGAAAUACCUGUGAUACCUUUCAAUGAAUAGAAUUAAGAAAAUGCAAUACAUAUAUUAUUUACAAGAAAUGCACAAUACAAAAAAAAAAAAAAAAAAAAAAAAAGUGGAGAAAAGGAUGACUGGCAAACUAGAAUAUCCUUCUGUUUCUAGUUAUUAUAAGUCCUUCCAAAUUUCUAACCCACUCACUUGAAUUUCAAACUUUGGCUUGACCUGAAAGUCAAAUGAUUUAAAUGAGUCUUACAAGCCUGACCUCAUAUAUCUUCACAAACUGGUUUGUGUAUUCACAGUUCAGGAACUAGCAUGUAAUUCAUUGCUCUCUGACUUACAAUGCAAAUGUUAAGAAUUUUUCCCCAUUAAAGAAACAUGUUAAGAAAAUUUGAAAGCUGUUGUGAAAUCAAGUACUGCAGUAUAUGUUAAUGUGAACAUAAUUUAUUCAAGUAGAGCAUUAAUAUGUCUUUGUAAAUAAGGACUGCAGAAGCAAUUCAUAAACAUUAACUCAGUGUUUUUGUUUUUGCAAAAAAUCCUUCCUCACCAGUACUAGAUACUACUACUAAAUGCUGAAAAACAUGUGUGACUUUCCACACAUAUAUGACUUUAAAUAAAUGGAAAUGGAAAUCUGAGAAGGGAGAGAUAUUCCAAACUAUUGCAGUUAUUCUAAUAAUGUGCAGCUGAAAACUUCAAAACAAGCAAAAAAAAAAAAAAAAAAAAAAAAAGUAUUGAAGCUUUACUUAUUAAAUGUCUUACUAAGUAUGCGUUCUGCUUGUAAUGAGUCAAGGCAGCUUUUCACUUUCACUAGGUAUUCUAGUCUUGAAGUCAUUCGUUUAUUUUUGCCUGAUUACAGGGAGUAGCAUCAGGUUCAUGGUCUCAGAUCUAGUUGGCCAUGAUGUUCAUGUUCAUGCAUGAGGUCUCUCAUGCACUGAUAUAAUGUCAUAUGUGAAAAGUUAGAGAGGUAGUCUACUUUCUCUGUGAGAUACCUGCUCUCAUGACAAACUUAUAGUUAACUAUAUUUCUAUACCUUCCUCUAUUGGUUUUGGGUUUCCUCUUUAUAAUUUAACAUUAAGAACAAAUGGAAAAUGGAAUUGAGUUAUUAGAGCCAAUUUAAAUUUGUUUCUGUUAACAACGGCCAGACUGUCCUUCUUUUUCACAGAAGACUUAAAAUGUAAGAAGACUGAAUUAAGAAAAAAAAUAUGUAUAUUCAAGGAUUUCACUAUUUAUUUUAGGUUAAAUUCAUUAUUUUUCAACAUUUAAUUACAGCAGUCAUGUUUGAAAGUUUUGCUGGGAAGAUUGGAUAAUCUUAGAUUUGUGGUUAUAAGAACUUCAUGUUUAUAGUUUAAGUUAUUACAGAUUAUUACCAGUAUCUGUACAAAGAGAAGGGGACAAGUAUUUCUUCUUCACUCAGAUACAACAGACUGUAUCUGAUCUGUGUUCUGUAGUGAUCAAGAAGGAGGUCAGCUACUUCACAGAGAUGUCUCAGAGAACUAAGUGUCCAGAACAGAAGAGAAAUAACUGGAGUCACGGCAUUUCUAUUUGAUGACUUAGGAAAGCUGGCAGAAUUGGAGUUGGAGCUUUUCAGUAGGGAACAGAGAGUACAGAUCCUGUUCAGAACUUCUGGUUUGUACAGGACCCCGUGAAGGUACCUUUAUUACAUCUUAUUGGAGGUCUGCAACAAAAUGCCUAUCAAAUCAGGGAAGGAUAUGAGUUUUAUUUUAUUUUGUGGGCUUUUAAUUACCAUUUCCUGUAAGUUCUGGAGUUUCAGGUGCAGCACUACGUUGAAAGAAGAGUAUGUAACAAGGCAAGCUUGAAAGGUCACAUCUGUGAUGACUAUCCUUUUAUCAAUGCAAACAUUAGUAGCUGCUUGUCAAAUGAAAUUACAAGCCACAGCAGAUGUGCUUGGCAGGUUAGAAGUCAGACUGGACACUCCUGUUUUCAGUUUAGAUGUCUAUUACUACUCUCUACCACUCCUUUUCCAAUUUUUUUUUUUCUUAAUGUUUGGAACUAAGCAGUUAGUACUAUCGUUUAGUUGUCACAAUAUAAGGUGAAAAAAAAAAAAAAAAAAGUUAUAAUAGAGCUGCAAACACUAGUGAAAAUUAACCAGCAAAACUAAGCUGCAGAAAUUCUAGAAGUACAGUGAACAUGAGGUAACAAACUGUAUUUACUGUGAUUUCAACUCUCCAUACCCAGACAAAAAUCCAGAGGUACUAAUCCUACAAUUCCCCUUGCAUUUACGUGAUUUCUACCAUGCCAUGUCAACUUUUUUUCUAGCAUGAUUAGCUUAGAGAACACAUUUUUGCUUGUUGCCUCACAAGGUACUGUCUUUAAAAGUGUUUUUAUUUAAGAUUAAGACAAGACAAGAAAUGUUCUUUCCUUAACUGCCUGCAAUUUGGGGCUGCUGCAGAAGCAAUUUGCUCUGUAUCUUUCUACUGCACCAUUUGUCUCUCACCAUUUUUGCACACAUGUUAAGACAUGCACAUACACACACAAUCACACUGUAUUUAUAACUAUUAUAUAUAUAUUUAGAUACUCAGACAUACACAUAAUAUAUAUUCUAUAUGUAUAUAUAACAUAUACAUGUAUAUAUAACACAUAUGCUAUGCCUGUGUAUAAAUUGUUCAGCCCUAUACAGAUCUUUUGCUCUAGAUUUAUGCAUCAUUUCUGUUCCACUUACACUCCACAGAGAGAGAAAAGAUAUAGAAUACCAUAUUUUAUUUUUUAUUUUUUAAGAACUUUGUUGUCAGUAUUGGUGAGAGCAUAUUUUCAAUAAUGUAUGUUCUUUGACAGCCUGUGUGCUAGAAUAAAAAGAUUAACAUAACUCCUGGAAGUGGAUACAAUGCAGUGAAAUAUAAUUUCAAGUGCACAAAGCACAGCUGAGGAAUCAUUUUAUAGCAGGACUGAGUGGUUGCUGAACUGCAGACAGAGGAGGAUGUGAGAAAAGUCAGUAUAUAACAAAAACUCAGUAUGAACAAGCAGGGAAAAAUCAGAUGUUUUGAUAUCCUUUGAUAUCGUAUCUUCACCUUAUGCUAUGAAGAACUUUUUGAUAUAUCGGAUUGUUGUGGGAUGUCCAAAAUGAGGGCCUCCCUCAUACCUGAGGGUAUGCAUUUGCAUCAAGCAACACAGAUGAUCAGUGUUCUCCAUUGCCCACCUUUUAUUGUCAUUUGUUCUCCUCAAUUCCUUACUCUAACUCUUCAAAAAAAAAUUUGCUGAAAUGAGCCACAUUGCAAGUGUUCCAUGCCAUUACAAGAAGACUUAGAAAUUUGCAAGUGUUUGCAAUUUUGGAUGUUCUCUAUUUGCAACAAAUAUGUAAGGAAUGUCACACGUGGCAAGAACCUUGACACCCUUUGUUUUGUUCCAUGAUAUUCCCCUUGCAUAUGGCUGCUGAAAUGAAUUAUGGAAACCUCACACUUUACUUCUGCUGUUCAUAUGCAGCUUAGGCAUCCUGACUCCAUAAUUAAAACAAACAAUAAUGUCAAAUUCAAGGACUGGGAGCAGGAGCUACUGGCCUAGGGUCAAUUACUGGAUGCCUAGCCAUGUAGUAGCCUACAAGUCAAACUCUGUAUGCCCCAUAACUAGCUCCAAUUACCUAUACUACUGCUUUCUGAGCCAACCCUGAUGGAAAAACAAGAUCACUCCUCUUGUAUCUACAAACUUAUCUACCCUUUCUUUCCUAAGGUCAUCAAUUGGAAUAAAGAUAUUAUCUCUCCCAAGGUGAGGAGGAAGGGAUAAGGGACAGAGAUUCUACGUUUUCUGCACCUCCCAUCCCUCCCCCCACCCCUGUACAGGUGUUAUUACAUAUUACUUUAAUUUUUAGUUGUUUAUUUGCAUACUGUGUUUUUCAUAGGACUUCUGCCUUAUUCAUUACUCAAGAUUUCAUGUAAAUCUGCAAACCUGAUAUACCUCUCCUUUAAAUACCUGUCAGUGAAUUUUAAAAUAUUUUUUGUUAUGGGUUUUCAGGGUUUAUUUUUAACCCAUAAUAUUGCAUGCAUAUUACUAAAUCUUUCUCUUAUAUUCAGAAAUAUAAAGGUAUAUAAAUUGCAUGUUAUCCUAGAAUUUGCUGGCAAACUUCAUUGUUUUUCACGUAGAGUUCAUCCCUGCUAGUAAAUGAAAUUAUAUGAGUAACAAAUUUCCAUCUAGUUUCUAAAGUUUCUGUAAUAGGCUACUCCAAACUUCAGAGCUAAAGCAGUAUUAGUGGGAAAAAAAAAAAAAAAAAAAAAAAAAAAAA